UUCAGCUCUAGCUCUAGCGAGGUAGUAGAUCGGCUAUCCAGCACAGGGGCCGAGCAGGGUCGAAGGGAGUUCCCACGGCACACCGUAUCCACGAACUAUAAACACAGUGAAACGAAGCGAAGAGCGUCUUUUCUUGCUCAUAUAUUGUUAUAUUUAAGAUACUAUUAAAACAUGGCUGAGGAAGGAAUUAGAUGGAGCUGUCAGAAUGGAGACAUAGAUAACCUGAAAAGUUCGAUUGACAGGCCUGGUUUCGAUAUCAACGCAUGCAUAGGAAAGCGACCACCUUUACAUAUUGCAGCUGACUACGGCCAAUUAUCUGUCAUCGAAUUCCUUGUGAAAAAUGGGGCGGAAGUAAAUAAAAAAGAUGAGUUGGGUAUGAGUGCACUUUUAGCUGCUAUCUAUGAAAAUCAUUAUGAUUGUGUAGAAUUCCUGUUAAAAAAUGGAGCUUCUACAAAUGACACAGCGCCGAGUGGAGAAACUCUCCUAGAAUGUGCCGAGCAAGAGAAAUUAAAAGAACUCCUGCGGAAGUAUAAAAAGUGAUGUGGUGACUUUUUUCUGUAUAAGUGUUAUCAUGUGUAAUUCUCUGAGUAUGGCUUAAAAGAGUAAUAUUGACACAUCACUGGUUUCACAUAGAAAGUAUGGUAGUUAAUAAGCCAGUUGGAAAUGGAUUUUAGAGAUUUAUACUCAAUUUUGUGGGUUUUUUUUAGAUGAUACCAGUUUGGAAAAUAUGAGAUGAAAUAGUGACUGUACUUAUCCCAGGAUUAUUUGUGGCUAAGCAUUAAUAUUUUUUUUAUUUCAAAUAGCAUACAGUACCUGGAUCACUUGAUGAUGGGAUUUUGAAUUUAGCCAUAUAAAGAGCUAUUCUCUUUUAUAUAUAGACAAUGGUUUCCUUAAAAAAAUAUAUUUUUGUUUGACAUUUCAUGCAACUCUUUUUGAACAAUGUUUACAAAAACAGUAAUAAUAGUUUUGUACAAGUUUAGUUCAUUUACAUUUCGCAUAUACUUUUGUAUAUGAAGUUAGUUUUCAUUCAUUGGACAUUUUGAAAGUCAAUAAAAUUAAUUCAAAAUUGUCAAAUUGGAAGAAACAUUUUUGAAUAUUAUAGAAAUGUGUGAUCCUUAAUAUUUAUUGUUCUUCAAAAAAGAAUGAAAUUUAACUUUCCAAAAUGUUUAAUUGUUUAAAUAUAUGUUUCCACCUUGCUUUAUUCUGUUGCAACUUGAGUUUGGCUUUAUCAAACCUUGAAUAAUUUGCAAAAUUGCUGCUGGCAAGGUGUUCUACCAUUUCAUUACUCAUUCGAAAGAAAAUAUGAUUAAUUACUGUAUUAAUCUGUAAUUCACAUGAAAGUUUUCAGCCUAUUCAAAAUAGCUUAUUUCUUCCCAGGGGAAACAAAGAAAUCUUUAUAAUUUUGAAAUUUUAAUGUUAAAAAAUAAUUCACCACUAUCUUUCAUUAACUACGGUGUAUUUGGUUAUACGAUAAUCAUGUUCUGAUCAUUAUAUAACCUUAAAAUUACAAUAAAUAUAUAAAUUGCA